AAUCCACACAGCCUGACACCUGUCUGGGGUUGCAGACUCAUCCCACGCAGGCUGCGCCCAGCGCCGCCUCCCGCAGCAGAGGCACGGGGCAGCCCGGUGGAGCUCCGGGAGCCCGGCUGCACCGCGGCACCGGCGCCGGCGCGGCUUCCUGGCUUCACCAGCCAACGCCAAGGUGUACUUGGGAUAAAGCGAGAGGCUUCUCACGAGAGGCGAUGGCUUUUUCCUCGUCCGCGUUUUAGCCGAGGAAGGACAAUGGAAGAGACGGAGGACAUGCUCUACAGCUCGCCUAAACCAACGUUUUUACUUGCAGAGACUGUUAUGGUAAAUAAGAGAGACCGACGUGGAAAUGCAGCGCUAUCGCGUAUGGAGGUUCGGGGCUUGGUUUUGAAAUCCAAGCCUUGCUAAGGAAAAAUUCCCUAAACUUGGGUUUGCAUUUGCUGGAAAGGGUGUGAAGAAACUCGAUAAUUAAAACUUGCCGCAGUCAUUUCUCAGAAAACACUGGCUCCACCGCUACGGAAUUAGAAAAUGAAUAAAUGCUGAGAGCGCAAGAACUCACCCCAGAUCUUCCAUUUUUGUCUCCCUCAAGCGUUUUGUCCUGUGCCUCCGCUUGCUUUUGCAGAAUGUUGCUUCUCCCCCUUCCAACGAGGGGGAGCCGUGCCCACGGCCCGCGGCGCCGCGGCGGCGCGCGCCCACAAACGUAGCCCGGGAAAAGGGCCCACCCGCCGGGCUCGGGAAAGCCGCACCUCGCCAUGAACGGGCCGGGAGCCCCGGGCAGCGCCGGCCGUGCUCGGAUCGCCGGCGGAUCGCCAGGCAGACGCCUUCCGCUCGGCCACGACCCCCGUGCCGGGUGCUUGGCUUCGUGGGCUUCGAUCCGGAGCCCUGCCUCCGGCGAUGGUGCCGGCUGCGUGGAUCUCACGGCCGGCGAGGUGCUCCGCAUCACCCAGCACCUGAGGAACAUCGAUAGGAGACUGCAGAACUUCCGCGAGCUCUUCCGAAAAGGAGAAGUUAUUUCAGCUUCUGCUGAAGCCAAACUGGCAGAUUUACUGCAAGCCGUCUCCUCCUUCCUGAAGACGUACCCUGCUUUGACCGGGGACGCCAUCCAGCCUGCCGUCGCAACCCUUAUCGCCAACAUCAACGGUCUCGACAAUCAAGAGAGGACCCCUGAAAGUAGGAAGCGGUACAGUGAGAUAUUCCGGGGCCUGGAUGCCAUAGAAAUCUCAAUUGGAAAUGCGACCAUUGACAUGUUCAUCGGCGAUGCUGACGGCACCGACGACGCAGACCAGGCGGCGGAAAGAGAGGCCGUUCCGUUGAAUGAGAGUUUCUGCAAGAGCAAAACCAGUUCAGAGAAGCCAGCGCAGGCAGACAUGACAGUUCAGGAGGCAGACGAAAUGCUGAUAAAAUGUGAAGGCGGCAUCGACGCAGCCCUCGAAUAUGCCAAAAUGUGGUGUAAAUACGUCAAAGAGCUUCUCAGCUGGAUUGAAAAACGCCUGAGCUACGAGACAGAGUUUGCCAAGGGGAUAGUGAAGAUAGCGGAAUCGGGACGAAACGCCAUCUUCCAACAGCACAACAUGCCUCUUCGGAUGCUCUAUACGAUGGUCCUGGAACAUGACAUAAAGGUUGGGAGUUCAGCUAGUGAGACUGCAGGCUUGCUCCAGCAGAAGGAAUUCUACCAGCCUCUGUCAGCCAAGAAGAAUGAAAUUGAGAAAUGGAGGAAAGAAUUCAAAGAUCAGUGGACAAAGGAGCAAAAGAGAAUGAACGAAUCCUUGUCGUCCCUGCGCAAGUCCCGCCUGCAGUACAUACAGCGCUGCGAGGAGCUGGAGAAAGCAAAGCACCUGAGCGCCAAGGCGGAGGACGAAUACCAGAGCACAGCCAUCACCAACCCCGGCAGCGCCAGCAAGCUGCUGGAGAAGCGGCGUCGUUCUUGCGAGGAGGCACAAGCCAAGGUUCAGGAAACGGAAGCUUUGUACAAGACGUGCAUCAACGACGCCAACUUUCGACAGCAAGAACUGGAGAAAGUACGAGCGCGGAUCGUCUCCCAUAUUCGGAAGCUCAUUUACCAGGGCGAUGAGGUGCUGAUGUGGGUCACUCUAAGGAUGUUCAAGCAGCGGCAGACUCAGUCAGAACCGAUUCCAGUGGAAUACCAGGUCCUGACCGAGCUCUGCAAGCCAUACAAAGCGGGUGAGAAAUACCUGGGGUUCAUUCAGGCUCUGCAGAAGAAAGACAUUCACGUGGAAGCGUUUGAAUUCGAGCCACUCACUGCUGGAGGGCAGAGGUCCCCUCCCAGCAGCAAAAAGAAGACGGCAUUGCAUUACACCGGCCCCUCUUCCACAGCAAAGGAUGCGAGCGCUCCAGAAGACACAUCCAGGAAGCAGUUCUCCACAAACGGUGAACAGAGCGCGAACAAAUCCCUCUGCAGCGACACAGAAAGCCUCGGUGGGAGCUGUGAAUCCCGAUCCCUGGACUCUCCCAAUUCUAGCCCAGGAAACUCUAAUAGGAAAUUGUUGAAAGCUCCAUCCACCGGCACCAUGUCCUCCUCAGAUGAUUUUGAAGAGAGAGAUUCCUUGCAAACUUUGGAAAACGAAAACGGUACAUCCCAACAUCAGUUUAAGAACGUCCUCCUCUCCAGCGCAGCGCAGACCCACCGGCUCCGGAAGCUGCGGGGACCAUCCAAGUGCAGGGAAUGCGACACCUUCAUGGUCAGCGGCUUCGAGUGCGAGGAGUGCUGCCUGGCCUGCCACAAGAAGUGCCUCGAGAAUCUCCUCAUCACCUGUGGCCACAAGAAACUGCCCAACCGAGUACCUCUUUUCGGCAUUGACUUCACACAGGUUCCUCGAGACUUCCCAGAGGAAGUUCCCUUCAUAGUGGUGAAAUGCACCUCGGAAAUCGAAGCCCGCGCCCUCGGGGUGCAGGGGAUCUAUCGGAUAAGCGGAUCCAAAGCCCGGGUGGAAAAGCUGUGCCAGGCAUUUGAGAACGGACGGAGCCUGGUAGAGCUUUCUGAGCACUCCCCCCACGACAUCACCGGGGUCCUGAAGCAUUUCCUGAAGGAACUUUCGGCACCGGUGCUGCUGUCCCAGCUCUACAACGAUCUCAUUGCGCUUGCCAAAGACCUGCAAAAACCUGGGGAGGAAAAGUCGGACUGCGCCGGCUUCCCUUCGGACCCCAUCCAGAGCAUGAAGUACUUGCUGAGCAAAUUGCCUGGAAGCAACUACAACACCCUGCGGCACCUGAUUGCACACUUGUACAGGGUGGCAGAGAAAUACGAAGAGAACAAGAUGUCCCCAAACAACCUGGGCAUAGUAUUUGGGCCAACUCUGAUCCGGCCCGGCUCAGGGAGCGACGUCUCGAUGUCGUGCCUCGUUGACUCUGGGUAUCAAGCCCAGAUUGUGGAGUUUCUCAUUCAGAACUACGAAAGCGUGUUUGGGAUGGAUGACCUGCCGCCAUCCUUAUCCCUUGGAUGUGAAAAUCCUUCGCAAGAAGCAUCGACAGAAAAGGAUGAGGGACCUCAGAGCCCAGACACAAUCCAGAAUAUAACUCUAGAGAAUUUCUCCUCCAAGCAUGGUUUAAAUGUGGACUGUGUCUCUGAUAACUCGUCUUCCAGGGAAGCCACCAAUGAGCUGACUCUGGAGGGAGCCCACAGUCGGUUAAGCGUGGAUGCCCUAGAGACGAAUACAAGUAUCGGCUCUGAGCUGGAGGACCUGGAGGACUCUGUGCAGGAAAAGACGGACAGUGAUUCGGACGCGGUCGUAGGGACCCAACCCAGAUGCCAUUUCAGCCGACAGCCCGUAAAAUAUAUUCGAACGCAGGCAAAAACAAAGCCAGUCAUUCCCAAGCCUUCCAGCUUGCCCUUGAGGACUAGCACAUUAGCCAACGUGGCAACAGAGUCUGGUGCAGAAGGUAACCCUCCCGACAGCAGCUCCACGACAAAGGACGGCCCGGAGGAGAGCGCUAGGGGCAGGAACACCUCGGCCGACACAGGCACGCUCAAGCAGCGCUCAGGAGGGAGACAGCAGCUCAGGCAUUUUGAGAUCACGCAGGAAACAGCCAGGAUUGUCUCAAAGUUCAAAGUCGAUGACACUUCUGUGUCCCCUGAGCCUUCCCUGGAGGGCGUGGGAUCUCCUGAGAAAGCAGAGGACCCCAACCCAGGGACAUACCUAUAGAAAAAGAACCCCUAAGGGUAACAGAUAAUAGCAACGGAAAGGGAGGGAGGAGUGAAAUCCCACACCUGCCGAACAAAGGAAUAGCGAUGGGGUGAGAAUAACACCCUGUUAUCAGGCUGGAGAAAAGGCACAUGCUGUGAACUACCUGGCAGGCUUUCGGCUCACCCAGGAUUUGCUUUUUAUUUGUUAGCAAACCCAAAUGAGCGAGAAGCAGCAAGGCCAGUGGCUCGCGCUCUCUCUCUCCCUGGAACACGCCCUGCUUAGCGCGAAGGACAAUGCAAGUAGUAGAGGGAACACAGAUUGCCGGGCUAGAAAGAUGCAGCCAGGAAGGAGGCAACUGAUAUGUAGGACGUCAGACAGAAAACGUGCCCAAACGGUCAUUUUCUGGCAGCUGCAACAAGCACUGAUUUUUCCUGUUUUUAUUUCACAGCGUUUUUGAGCGUAAUUCACUUUUUGAGUGUAAUAGAACAGGGUACACGGGCAAAGCUCACGUACUCCGGAUCCUUCAGCUUCCGUUGCCGGAGCUUCGACUUGCUAGUCAGCGCAAAGCCAUGCUGUAAAGGGAAAAGACACUGCCGUACUCCGAGCCGGACCCCAUUUCUCCAGCACAGGAAUUCCAUUCCCCUCAAAGCACGCUGAGCUUCUGCAAUAAUUCCACGUGAAGCCGCUGCUGUCGUGAAGGCAGCAAACCCCCAACCUCCAAGAUGAUCUCUUGGGUCUAAGAUGAGGUUGCUCGGGCUUGCUGGGUCUCCAGCUCACCUACACGUGGGUCACCCCGAUGCUCCUUCCUGCCUCCCUGCAGUGGAUUUUCUCUCCGCCAGGUUCUAACCUGCGGACAGGGAGGACUCUGUCCCAUAGUGCCAUCUCGUGACGCGUGCACGGGGAAGGCAGGCUUCCUGCGCUGCUCGUUCACAGGAUGGCUUUGCAUUACCGCACGGGCAGCAUUACAGAUUUCCUUGGUGUUUGGCUGCGGACGCAGCACGAAAAUUCAGACGAAAACAUAAAAACUUCCGCACUAGGGCACAUUUCCGUCGUUACCAUCGGCAACAAAGACGUUCGGAGACAUAUGACGACGCCGGAGCUAAAUGCGAAAGGAAAACAUUACGCUUUCCCCAAAGAGCUCAAGAGGUUAAACAAUCCCCUUUACAAGUUUCUUUUGUCUCAUUAAAAGACUGUUAAAAUACAGGACCAAAACCUGAAGUUGUAAAAGAAACGCUGAGGGUCUGUUAGCAUUUGUACAGUUCAGGCCAAGGAGAGUUCGCAUCUCUGGAACAGUGUAUAUUUGUUAAUACAGUGCUUUGAAUUCUUAAAUAUUAAAUUAUCUUGUACUGGAAAACCG